AAAAUAUUACCAUUGAUUCAGAUAACGAUAAUUUACAAACUGAAAUCUGUAACAAGCAUCAAUCAAGCCGCUCACCUUCCAUAGAAUCACAAAGUCGACAUAAUUAUAUGGAAACUCAGCAAAAUCAAAAUCUCAAGGCUUCUCAAAUUUACAAAUCACCAAAUUAUCGUGAGA